CCCAAAAGGAAAAAAAUGCGUGUAUUAGAAUUAACCAUGUUUUCAGUUGGUGGUGCAGUCGGCGGGCAAUGAGCCAUGGGUCUUCUCCGGCGACUCUUUGGCGCCAAGAAGCCCGCCCAACCCCGCCCCGAGAAAGACCGGAGGCGGUGGAGCUUUACCAGAUCUUCUCAUCCCACGUCUUCCAUUUCUCAUCUUGAUGUUCUUUCUGGUUCAUGCAAUGACACAUUGGAUGCCAACAAGCACGCAAUAGCAGUAGCAGCCGCCACUGCUGCUGUCGCCCAGGCUGCUCUGGCCGCAGCGCAUGCUGCGGCUGAGGUCGUUAGGCUGACAAGUGGUAGUGGUGGUGUUGGCGGGACCAGUGGGAGCAACCGACGCCUCCCACAAGAAGUGGCAACUGUUAAGAUACAGUCCGCUUUUCGAGGUUAUCUGGCACGGAGAGCACUGAGGGCAUUGAAAGCGUUGGUGAAGCUUCAAGCACUGGUGAGAGGCCACAUUGUGAGAAAGCAAACGGCAGACAUGCUCAGACGCAUGCAAACAUUGGUCAGACUUCAAGCUCGAGCCCGUGCUAGUCGUGCUUAUAUGACGAAAUCUUUUGAUUCAAACUGCAAGAUAUCCCGUUCACAAAACGCUAGAUGUGGUUCAAAUUCAAAUCUGAUGGGCAUCAUCAAUCUAGAGAAAGCACAGAUGGGAUCGAAUUGGUUGCACCAUUGGAUGGAGGAAAGUUUAAGGAAUAACCAUAGAGAUGUGCCGCCUAGACAUUGGUAUGUCGAUGAUGAGAAGAGUGACAAAAUCCUUGAAGUAGAUACUUGGAAACCUCACUUGAGCUCCCAGCAAAGUAACCAGAACUUUCGGGCAUCUCAGCAUAGCACAGCCUUUGAUUAUAACCAGAGCUUCAUGGCAAACGACUCCCAGAGAAAAGUGCCAGGAAAAGGGAUACCGAGUAACUUCUCAGCCGAAGUUUUAUCUCUAAAGCAUCAUGGAAGGGAAGAUGAAGCAAUUUCAAGGACUGCUGAUAUUGACAACAUCCCGCAAGUGCUUUCUGCAUCAUCCAGUAGACCCGGAAGUAAUGCUAGGAGAAGCCCUUUUCCUAGGAGUGAAUGCUCGUGGGGCUAUUUAAGCGGAUCUUGCGGUCAUCCAAACUACAUGGCGAAUACAGAAUCAUCCCAAGCCAAGUACCGGUCUCAGAGUGCCCCAAGGCAGAGACUGGAGUUUGACAAGUAUAGUUCAACCCGAAGAACUUUCCAGGGGUUGUGGGAUUCAGGGGAUAAUUCGGAAAGCGACUUCGCUCAACAUGUCGAUUAUAGGUACAGGCCUCAUCCAACAUUUGAUGACUUGAAUAAGUUUGCUAAUGUCCACCAAGGGCGAUGAUCCCCUCUCCCAAUUCCCCCUUACUACUUUCAUUUCCUCGUGUAGCUGUGCUUGGCUUGUAAUUAUCCUUUACUGUCAUAUUUAACAUUAUUGAUAUCAUGGCAUGGCCAUACUAUCUGAUAUGUUUUCUUAGAAUCAUUGUGGUGGUUAAGUGUAUGGGUUGUCGCCCACAAUUAGUGAAGGUGAAAAGGACAUGCCAUCAUUGCUUAUUGGCUGUUUUAA